UAUAAAUCAGACAUAGAUCAGACUAUAUGCGGGGCACAUUCCCGGAAGCAUGUCGGCCGUGAAAUUGGAAAAAAAGGUGGCGGCUCUUGAGCGGCGCUUGCAGAAUGAGAUGCGAUUCAUGGUGCAACCUUUGGCACAAAAGAUCGACCACAUCGAGGAGAAACUGAGGAGAUUGGAUGAUAUACUACCUGGCAAACUGGCACUGGCCGAGCAGCCAGAACCAAUGGAAAGGGCUGAGGCUGAACCAGCUGAGAAGCCUGGGGGCUAUUUGGUGCCUGGUACGGUGCCAGUAGUGCCAACCGUGGUCCAUCCUGAAGGCGUUGGGUUUGCCAAGUGGAAGGAGGAGGUCAAUGAUCUUGAGGGUGAGGGGGCCAUCGAUGAAGAACCUAUUCCAUUUGCGGAGACGGUUUGGAACCUGUCACUAGUGCUUGGACACAGCAGGGCAGGAUGGUUGGACUUGACCAUAGCUUGCCUUCUCACAGUGCUGGGAACUUUGAUGCAGGUGUUCUUUAUUGCCGUCAUAACAACAGAGAGUUUUUUGGGAGAAAGCAUGGAGGAACAGGUGGAGGCAGCAAGGCACUGGAGGGCAGGCUCUGCACACGAUGUGAAGUACAUGGACUUAGCACUGACAAGUCUUGUCUCUCGAGUCUGCAAUGCAGACGGUGCUUUGAUUUUGUCCACCGGUCAAGCUGAGCUCAUCGAGGAGAUCAACCAGUUUCUGGGGAUCGACGCAGGGGACUUCCAACUAGCGAUGGUUCCACCAGGUAUCGUCCUUUGCACCCUCUGCAUCAUGCUAUGGUGCGUCGUCUUGAGUGGGGAGCUCCGUGCUAUUGGAAUCUCUAUUGUGGCAGCUGCUCAGAUUCCACGUUCCGGGACGACAGUCGUCCGCAACGGCAGCUUUCUGUCUAUAUCCUAUCUCCGCUUUUCAGUCUAUUUGCUUUUUCGGCUUGCACGGACUGCAGUAGCUAUCAGCUUGAUGUAUGCUGGCACCCAAUGGCUGGCACGAACUACAAACAUAACGGAUCUUAUCUUAAAUGCAGUUGCACUGGAAGCAAUUCUGCAGAUUGACGAGAUGAUUUUCACGAUGCUAUUUCCCAAAAGAGUCCAGGCCGCGAUAUAUGAACUUGAGCCCGUGAAGGUACGAUUCACUCGGAGGUGGGGUCAACUAGAAUCAUGCUUGGUCGGGUGCUUGUUUGUCGUGGUCGUGCUGGCGCCAUUCAUCAGCUGGGUACUUCCACUUGCUGACAGCAUGCUUGCGGUGAAGUCCGAGUACUGCGAUGGGAAUAGGGAUUUCGUCGUGAGUUUGAACCAGGACAUGCAGAUGUAUAUGGGCUUCCGUUCGGUGCCACUUGAGUCUGACAAUGUCUCUGACAGUACCCUGGGACAGGUGGCAGUUGCUGAGCAUUCAAAGGGCAGUUUGAGCAAUGGGUCGGCCAGGUACAUUUCCUUCUCGCUUGACUUGGACAGCUUUGAGUUGAGCCGUGUCAGAUCAAUGAAAGAGGCAGCAGAGCAGUUUGCGUUUUGCCUGGACUAUGAUCAGUGGGCCGUGAAAGGUCCGACUCUGUUGGAGAACUACGGCUCGUAUUUCCGAUCCGCAGCUUUUCAUCUUGGACGAAGUGAAGCCACUUCUUGCUCUGAACUGUCUCAGUGGUGCAAUGUCUUGGAUGCCAGGCUGUUGCGACUGGUUUGCCCUCGCACCUGCGGCUGUGCUGAUCCUAGAGCGUUGCCGUGGUACAAAGUGCCAAGCCAGGGCUGUCCCCAGGCAUGCCGAGACGAAGCCAAUGCCAUAGCUGGGAACUUGGAGUGCAAAGAUGCCAACACCACCGAGAAUUGGCACGACUUUUGGGAUCUAUAUCCCACAGUGAUGUCAUCCCUUGUAGGCGUGGACAUGCUCAGCACUCCUAGUGGUCAAAAAAUCCUGGCUUUGAUCCAUAUGAUGAAAUCGAUUGGAUGUUUGGGCAUUUUUAUCCUUGGCUCUCGGGACCCAAUUUCUCAAGCCGAUUGGUGUGAGGGGAGUGAGCGAUACUUUGCGCCACUGGCACUUGUUUGCCCAGACACCUGCGGAUGCUUAUCCGAAAGCAGACCGGCUUACUGCCCAGCAAGCUGCAGAGGCUGUGGCGACGCCCCAAACUUUCCACCAUCCUCAGCGGCAACGAACUGUGAGGAAGCAAAGCUGCUUGGAAUUUGCAGCAUUCCAACUGAAGCAGAGCAAUUGUGUGCUGAAACCUGCGGGCUUUGCAAUGGGACCAACUCCAGCAACAUGAGCAACACAUCUGCUGCUCCAUGUUUUGAUGGAGAUGUGCCCGGUGCUUUUGGAUUCAACUGUUCGACCCUGCAGGUGAAUGGGUGGUGUCCCAUGCUCAUUGCCUUCAAUUCACCUGCGAGCAAAGUAUGCUCCAAGACAUGCGGACUGUGUACGUGAUGAAUCAACGUAUUUUAAUGUAUAUAUUUGUUGCUGCUAAUGAACCACACAUCCGCGCUUAAAGCGGGAUUCCGGUCAGCAUUCGAAGACCGAAGAGCUGGCUUGCGAAGAACUGUGGCGAGGUUACAGACAUGCAUUCGGACAUAAUGAGCAUACCUGUUGUCGCCUGUUGUCAUUUCAGAGUCCGGAUUGGCAUGCACCAAUCCGUGCAUUUUUCUUGACAUGUUAUUCAGAC